AUGGAGACAAAGACGCGAGCUGUAGGCCAGGGUGAUGGCGGGAAGGAGAGAUCGUCUGUCCGUCAGGAGCGUCCUGGCAUCUGGAGCGUCAUGGCGUCCUGGUUUGCUGAACCAGUCGGUGUGGAAGUGGAUCACACCGAGAGUCAUGCAACCGCUUCCCAGAUUGCUGAGACCACUGGGCGUACCGAUGAUCGCCGUGACUCUGUGGCGACGCCCCGAGAGGCGACUGUUGCCCAUCAGGGGGAAGGCGACGUGAAAGGCACGACCGGUCACAGCCGCGGUCGGAAGAGGAAAGCUGACGAGGUCGAAGGCGACUGCCGACCCCAGCCGAAAAGAAAGGCACCAGCGGGUCCACCACCAGGUACGUACCGCGACCCCCGGCUGUCUAGAGUGGCGCUCAUCUACCGAGACGUGGUCGCAGGAGAGCGGGUCCUGGUCAACUACAUCCCCGACGAUCCCUGCCCGUGGGAGUCGCCCGACGGCAAGAAGCUGUCGGCCUGCCAGAAGGGCGUCACUCCCAGCGACGUCACCUUCUGCAGCUCCUACCGCCAGUACCAGGACUUUCAGACCAGGAGGCUGCUUUCUCAGGUAGCUAGCGAACUCACGAUGUGGCUGGACAACCAGGAGAGGGUGUAA